CAGGCUGUCAGAACUCAGAAAGAUAGAAAGAUGGGCAGCACGUACAUGUGCGCGUUAUUAUUGUCAUCUGCUUUAUUACUUCACUCUUAUUUGGUCAUUGCCCAAGAGCAAAAGGUGGCCGUAUCUGAUAGACAAAAAACAUCGCAUUUCAAAGGCAGUGAAAGCGAUUUUUAUUGGUUCUGGCAUUGGCAUUGGCAUUUCCCUCCACCGGCGGAGUGUCCUCCACCUCCGUCACCUCCACCUCCGUCACCUCCUCCUCCAUCGCCUCCUCCUCCGUCGCCUCCACCUCCAUCACCUCCACCUCCGUCCCCUCCACCUCCAUCACCUCCGCCUCCGUCCCCCCCACCUCCGUCGCCUCCUCCUCGGCCGCCACCUCCACCUCCUCCCCCUCCACCGCCACCCGUGAACCUGCUGGAGAGAGCCCGCAAAGCGCUCCUAAAUUUCACUCGUUUCGUGGAUGACCCAACGGGAUACACGCGAAACUGGAAGGCUGGGACGGACCCAUGUAACUACAACGGGGUGCGAUGUGCGCAGUUUCCAAAAUCAAAUCAGCGAGCAGUUGCGGGGCUGAGCCUGAACGGAGCAAGCCUGUCUGGGAAGAACGGUGCAGAUCUGCCUCUCUCGGGCAUCUUGGACAGGAUACCAGAGCUCACAUUCUUCCAUGUCAACACCAACAACUUCACCGGUGCCAUCCCAACUGAAAUCACCAAAUACAAAUAUUUCUACGAGUUAGACGUCAGCAACAACAAACUAGAGGGGGAGUUCCCAAAGCAAGUGCUUCAGUCCAAGCUGCUGGUGUUCUUGGACCUCAGGUUCAACCGUCUCUGCGGCCCAAUUCCGCCACAGCUGUUUCAGUUGGAUUUGGAUAUUAUUUUCAUCAACAACAAUAAAUUCAGUGGCAAUCUCCCCGAUAACUUGGGCUCCACGCCGGCCAGGUUCAUCACUUUUGCCAACAACAAACUCACGGGUCCAAUCCCGAGAAGCAUUGGGCAGGCUUCCAAAACCCUCACCGAAGUGCUCUUCUUAGGCAACCAAUUUAAGGGCUGCUUGCCCUACGAAAUUGGGUACCUGAAAAAGGCAACGGUCUUUGAUGUGAGCAAAAACUGGUUAACGGGUCCAAUCCCACGCUCCUUUGGCUGCUUGGAAAGCAUUCGGUUCCUGAACUUGGAACACAAUCAGUUUUACGGAGAAGUUCCCGAGAUGGUUUGUCAGCUUUCAGGGAUACGCAACGAUGGGAAACUCUCUUUAUCGGGCAACUAUUUCACUCAGGUUGGUCCUUCAUGCAGGAAGCUCAUAGAGGACAACAUCCUUGACAUCAGCUACAACUGCAUCCUCGGACUUCCCAACCAAAGACCCCACGGAGAGUGCACUCGUUUUUUCUCCCACGUCAAUCCCUGCCCGAAUCACAAGUCUCUCUUUUACGUCCCUUGUAAGCAAUACCGCUCUCACUACCAUUCCAACUCGCUUCACCAAACCCCCUCUCCUCCGGUAACUUACAACUCUCUCAUCCCUCAUCAUCGCUAGCUAUCGCUCCUACGUACGUACACACUCUUCAACAUCAUCAACGUCCAUGUUCCAUCCUAUCUUAUGGAUAUAAACUGUACCAUAUAUAUAUAUAUAGACACACACACACAUGUUUGUCAUGUUUGUUUUCUUAAUUUGUAUUAAUUAUGAUUAUUAAUGAAUAAGCAGUGUCACCCUAAUCGUCAUAUCUUUGACUGGAUGGCAACUUGGUGUAAUUUUCAUAAAAUGCUUGAAAUAGACUUUGGUUCUA